GGGGGACUCAGUUGCAGGCAGCCACCCAGCUGACAGCACCUUGCAGGCACCGACUCAGGCUCCUGUGUUUGCCAUGGCCUGGAACGUCCUGGCUGCUGCCUUGGUGUGAAAACGCGCGAGCGGGUCUCGCCCGAGGUGCUUGAAGGAGCUCGCUCCCAAGCAGGGCUAGCGAGCAGCAAGCGCCUGAUUACUUAUUUAGAAAGGCUUUCUCAGGAGGAGAAGGCUUUUUUGUAAACAUGGAUUGCCUAGCUCUUCCACUGGGCUUCAGCUUCCUGUUUCAGGUCACUGAAACCUUGAUCUUUGCCUCUGUUGCUGCGGCCUCCCUGGCGGCCCCCCGAGGCCUCUUCCCCAGGCUGGAGAACCUGGGUGCUUUCAAGAGUGUUUCCACUGUGCCGACCCAAGCCGCGUGUGGCCACCCAGACCCAAGCACGUUUUGCGACAGCUCUGCGGCCCCUGGAAGCUUGAGGCUCUGUGCACCGCGCCUGUGCCUCCAGGCCUGUCCCUACCGCUCCGCCUCGCCUCCCUAUGCGGCCCUGAUCCACAGUGGCUGCAGCACAGAGGACAAGACUGAUCUGCAUCCUCGCUCUGCCAGCAACUCCACAAGUUUCCUUUUCGCAAAACACAGGAACUGCUGCCCUUCUCUUCCUUCUCCGAGGCUAGCGGAAGCGUUGACCUUAGCCGUGUGGUUGAAACUUGAGCAAGAAGGUGAAAUGUGUGUCAUAGAAAAGACGGUGGAUGGGCAGACUGUGUUCAAACUUACAAUGUCUGAGAAAGAGACUACGUUUUAUUAUCGUACGGUAAAUGGUUUGCAGCCUCCGAUAAAAGCAAUGACACUGGGGAGAAUUCUUGUGAAGAAAUGGCUUCAUCUUAGUGUGCAGGUGCAUCGGACAAAAAUCAGCUUCUUUAUCAAUGGCUUGGAGGAGGGUAACAUGGCCUUCCAUACAAGAACUCUAAGUGGAUCCAUUUCAGAUUUCGCUUCUGGGACUAUACAAAUAGGACAGAGUUCGAAUGGUUUAGAGCAGUUUGUUGGAAAAAUGCAAGAUUUUCGAUUAUACCAAGUGGCACUUACAAACAGAGAGAUUCUAGAAGUUUUCUCCGGCAGUCUGCCCCAACUCCACGUCCAGCCGCACUGUCGGUGCCCUGGCAGCCACCCCCGUGUCCACCCUCGGCUCCAGCAUUACUGCAUUUCCAAUGGAGUGGAAGACACCACCAGACGCAGAAUGCUACGCGUGGACCCUGAUGCCCACCCUCUUUCUUUUAUCAAUGACAACAAUACUGGCACUUCGUGGGUUUCUUAUGUGUUCACAAACAUCACCCAGCUGGAUGAAGGAGUGACAGUUUCAGUGGAUUUGGAAAAUGGACAGUACCAGGUGUUUUAUGUCGCCAUCCGGUUCUCUAGUCCACUACCAACAGCGAUCAGGAUUCAAAGGAAGAAAGAAAGCAGCUUGGGUUGGGAGGACUGGCAGUAUUUUGCUAGAAACUGUAGCACUUUUGGAAUGGAAAACAAUGGAGAUCUGGAAAACCCCGAUUCUGUCAACUGUCUUCAGCUUCCCAAGUUUACUCCAUAUUCCCAUGGUAACGUCACAUUUAGCAUCCUGAAACCUGAGCCAAACCCUCGUCCUGGAUACAGUGACUUCUACAAUACACCAUCCCUGCAAGAAUUCGUAAAAGCCACACAUAUAAGGCUUCACUUGCAUGGGCAGUACCACACGACUGACGCAGAGGUCAACCCUGGACACAGAUACUAUGCAGUGGAUGAGCUCACCAUCGGUGGGAGGUGUCAGUGCCACGGUCACGCCAGCGCAUGUGACACAGUGAGCCGGCCGUACAGGUGCCUCUGCUCUCAGGAAAGCUUCACCGAGGGACUUCAUUGUGACCGAUGCUUGCCUCUGUACAACGACAAGCCUUUCCGAGGAGGGGAUCAAGUUCACGAUUUCGCCUGUAAGCCUUGUCAGUGCCACGGCCACUCUACAAGCUGCCACUACAAUGCCUCAGUGGACCCAUUUCCCCUGGAGCAUGGCAGAGGGGGAGGAGGUGUGUGCGACGCCUGCCGGCACAACACCACAGGAAGGAGCUGCGAGCUGUGCAAGGGUUCCUUUUUCCGACAAGUUGGCGCAGACCCCUCAGCCGUAGACGUCUGCAAGCCCUGCGACUGCGACCCAGCUGGCACUAGGAACAGGAGCCUGCUCUGCGACCAGAUUGGAGGUCAGUGUCAUUGCAAGAGACGCGUGUCUGGCAGACAAUGCGAUCGGUGCUCCGCCGGAUUCCACAGCCUGCAAGAACAGGAGCCUGACGGCUGCCGCCCCUGCAACUGCAGCGCCCCGGGGACGGUCGAUGGAGAUGUCACCUGUCACCCAACUUCAGGCCAGUGCAGCUGCAAGGCAAACGUGGCUGGUCUCAGAUGUGAUCACUGCAAGUUUGGGUUCAAAUUUCUCCAAAGUUUAAACCGUGGUGGAUGUGAACCCUGCCAGUGUGAUCUGCACGGCUCUGUGAACCAAAUCUGCAAUCCUCACUCCGGCCAGUGUGAGUGUAAGAAAGACGUCAGAGGGCUGCGCUGUGACACCUGCAGAGAGCACUUCUAUGGGCUGGACACGGCUGGCUGCAAGGCCUGCGCGUGCGAUGCGGCCGGCUCGGUCCCUGGGACCGUCUGCGACGCCGAGACAGGACAGUGUAAAUGCAGGCCCACCGUGGGAGGCAGGCAGUGCAGGGACUGCGUGGAAGGCUUCUUCCCCGGAAAGCACAAUGACUCGCUGCUCUGCCUGCCCUGUCGCUGUGAGAAAUCCGGGACAGUAAAUGGCUCUCUGCUGUGUGACAAAGCGACAGGACAGUGUCCUUGCAAAUUAGGGGUAACGGGUCUGCGCUGCAACCAGUGUGAGCCUCACAGGUACCAUCUGACCAGGGGCGGUUUGCAAGGCUGCCUGAUGUGUGACUGCGACUCCCUGGGGACAAUCCCCGGGACCACAUGCGACCCGGUCAGCGGCCAGUGCACGUGUUUGCCUAAUCGUCAAGGAAGAAGGUGUGAUCGGUGUCAGUCAGGUUUUUACAUUGCUCCGCACAAUGCCACAGGCUGCCUGCCAUGUUUGUGCCACGCAGCAGGAGCAGCAGGACACAUCUGUGAUGGCCUCACUGGGCAGUGCCUUUGCCGGGAUGCCUCCAUCGCUGGACACCGCUGUGACCAGUGCAGUGACCACUACUUUGGAUUUGACCCUCAGGCUGGAAGAUGUCAGCCUUGUAAUUGUCAUCUCUCAGGAGCCUUGAAUGAAACCUGUCACUUGGUCACAGGCCAGUGUUUCUGUAAGCAAUUUGUCACAGGGCCAACGUGUGACACUUGUGUUCCCGGCACAAGCCACUUGGAUGUGCACAACCCCUGGGGUUGCAGCAAAGCGCCAUCCCAGCAACCUCCUCCCAGAGGACAAGUUCAAAGUUCUUCUGCCAUCAGUCUGUCCUGGAGCCCACCUGAUUCCCCGAAUGCAAACUGGCUUGCCUACAGCUUAUUCAGGAACGGCUCUGAAAUACACGCAUCCGAAGACCAGCACCCAUACGAUGCCCAGUACUUCCUAGACACGGCCCUGUCACCACACACAGCAUAUGCCUACCACCUUGAGACCACCAAUGCGCACGGCUCAAUACGGAGUGCAGCUGUCAUUUACACGACAGAGCCAGGGCUUCCCCAGGGAAACCUGAACCUGAGUUACGCUGUUCCUGUGGGCUCUGACUCAGUGACACUUACCUGGAGCGCACUGUCAAACCACGCUGGCCCGAUAGAGAGAUACAUUUUGUCCUGUGUUCCUUUGGACAACCUUACGUCAUGCAUUUCCUAUGAAGGCCACGAAACCUCAGUCACCAUCUGGAAUUUGAUUCCGUUCACCAAGUACCAGUUUUCGGUGCAGGCAUGCACCAGCGGGGGCUGUGUCCAGAGCUCGCCCAUCGCAGUGACCACAGCGCAGGCACAGCCGCGGGGGCUGAGGCCACCCACGAUCCAGAAAGUCAGUUCCACCGAGCUUCAUGCAGAAAGGGCUCCACCAGCAGAACCGAAUGGAAUUAUUACAAAAUACGAAUUAUACCUGAAAAGAUCGGGCUCUCCUGAGGAACGCAGAGUGUUCCGGAGCAAUGGCUGGCUCAGUCCUCAGCCUUCGGCAGAACCAGCAGCUAAAAACACACCAAGACCUCCCCCGACCGCUGCGCCCCUCGCUGGCCUGGAGCCGUACACAGAACACGCCAUGAAGGUCUCCGCUGAGAACAUGGUUGGUAGCGUGUCUUCCGCCCGGACCUCUGAGAGAACAGGAGAAUCAGCUCCUGUUCUCAUGAGGCCCCCUUUGGUCUCUCCACUGUCCCCGAGCUCUCUCCGUGUCUCCUGGGAGAAGCCACCAGAAAACGUGACACAAGGAAGAGUUGUGGGCUAUGACAUCACUAUGGUUUCUGAGCAGUCGCCUCAGCAGCCUACUCCAGCACUGUUGCAGCAGCUGCUGCACACAGCUCAGCCGCAUGAGCUGUCGCACACUGUCACAGGCCUGAAGCCCUACAGGACGUACGAGUUCACUGUUUCCCUGUGCAACUCAGUUGGUUGUGUAAGGAGCGCUUCGGGAGCAGGGCGGACCUUAGCGGCAGCACCCACCCACCUGAGGCCUCCUCUGGCUAAAGGAAUCAACAGCACUGCCAUCCAUCUGACGUGGGUUCCGCCUGAAGAAGUCAACGGGCCCUCACCUCUGUACCAACUGGAAAGGAGGGAGUUGCCUCUCUCAGCUCCGAUGGCCACUGUGACAAGAGGAACUCGUUUCACAGGAAAUGGGUAUUAUAAAUUUCCCAGCACCACUCACCCAGUUGGUACGGACUUCACUGGCAUUAAAGCCAGCUUUCGAACGCGGGUGCCAGAAGGUCUGAUCCUCUUUGCAGCAUCUCCUGGCAAGCAGGAGGAGUACUUUGCACUUCAGUUGAAGAAAGGCCGUCCUUAUUUUCUUUUUGAUCCUCAGGGGUCCCCAGUGGAAGUCACCACCACUAAUGAUCACGGGAAGCAGUACAGCGACGGCCAGUGGCAUGAGAUAAUUGCUGUGAGGCAUCAGGCCUUUGGCCGCAUCACGGUGGAUGGGCAGUACACGGGCUCCUCGGGUGCCCUGAACGGCAGCACCAUCAUUGGGGACAACGCGGGACUGUUCAUGGGUGGCUUGCCCCGAGGCUAUGCCAUCCUGAGGAAGGAGGCUGAGAUUGUCCAGCAAGGUUUUGUGGGCUGUCUCAAGGAUGUGCACUUUAUGAAGAAUUAUAAUCCCUCUGCUGUUUGGCAACCUCUGGAUUGGCAGAGCUCUGAAGAGCAAAUCAAUGUCUACAACAGCUGGGAGGGAUGCCCUGCCUCAUGGAAUGAGGGAGCCCAGUUUCUAGGAGCAGGGUUCCUGCAGCUCCACUCAGAUGUAUUUCGUGGUGGAAUGGAUUUUGAGAUUUCUCUUAAGUUCAGAACUGACCAAGGAAAUGGAUUGCUUCUUUUCAUUUACAAUGAAGAUGGACCUGAUUUUCUUGCUGUAGAGCUGAAGAGUGGAGUAUUGAGCUUCCGGUCAAAUGCCAGCCUUACCUUUUCGCAAGUGGAUCUAAGGCUGGGUCUGUCCUACUGUGAUGGGAAGUGGAACGAAGUCAUUAUUAAAAAGGAAGGCCCCCUCCUCGCGGCAGGCGUGAACGCGCGGACUGAGCACCGCUGGGCGCCCGGAGCGCAGCCCCUGCGGGUGAACUCACCCGUUUACCUGGGCGGCGUCCCGCAGGAGCUGCGGGGCACUUUCGGGAGCUUGAGUCUGGAACGAGGUUUCGGAGGCUGCAUGAAGGAUGUUGCAUUCACACGCGGGGCUGUCGUUAACUUGGCAUCUGUGUCCAGUUUCGCUGUCAGAGUCAAUCUGGAUGGCUGCCUAUCACCUGCCAGCGCUGCUAACUGCAGGGGAAAUGACUCCAUCGUGGUGUUCCGGGGACGCCAGCACAGUGCCCGUGAGAGCGGGCUGCAGCCCUUCACAGAAUACCUGUAUCGAGUGAGAGCCUCGCAUGAAGCGGGUUCGGUGUGCAGUGACUGGAGUCGGGGUCGUACGCUGGCAGAAGCUCCGCUGAGUGUGCCAGCUCCCUCCAGAGUCCGCAGCGUCAACGGGUCCAGUGUCGAGGUGACCUGGGCUGAGCCCGCUGGGGUUAGAGGUGUCAUCGAGAAGUACGUGCUGAGAGCCUACAGUGGCGAUGACCCCUCUGUACCCCGAACGCCCUCUGCCAGCAUCGAGUGUGUGGAUACCGGCACCUUCACAGCCACACUGGCAGGCCUGCUCCCCUUCAGAAACUACACGAUCACCCUGACUGCCUGCACCCUGGCCGGCUGUACCGAGAGCUCCCAGGCAGCGAGCAUCUCUACUCCACAAGAAGCCCCACAAGAGGUUCAGUCACCGGUAGCCAAAUCCUUCCCCACUUCCCUGUUACUCUCCUGGGAUCCACCCACACAGGCAAAUGGUGUUAUAACUCAGUACUCUUUAUACAUGGAUGGGAAGUGCAUCUAUUCGGGCAGCGGACAGAGCUACAGGGUCACAGGCUUAGGAGUCUUUACUUCCCACCGCUUCCGUCUCAGUGCCUGCACCCUUGUGGGGUGCACAAACAGCUCCUGGGUCACACUGCACACGGCACAGCUGCCCCCUGAACAUGUGGAGCCCCCCACUGUGACAGUCCUGGAUUCUAGAACUGCAUACGUACAGUGGGAACAACCCAGGAAACUCCACGGGAUUCUGGAACGCUACGUAUUAUAUGUUUCGGAUCACACACACGAGGCUCCAGUUUGGGCUGUCGUCUAUAACAGCAGCGAGCUUCCCCAGCAUCACAGGCUGCAGGACCUUAUCCCUGGUAACGGCUACCUCAUCAAGCUGGGAGUUUGCACCGGGGGCGGAUGUGCGGAGAGUGAGGCCAGCCAGGCUCUGACUGAGGAGGACAUCCCUGAAGGAGUGGCCAUCCCCCAAGCUCACUCCUACUCACCGGACUCCUUUAACAUCUCCUGGACCCAGCCUGAGUACCCGAAUGGCGUUAUCACGAGCCACGGGCUGUAUCUGGAUGGUGUGUUAAUUCACAAUUCCUCAGAGCUCCGCUGCUACACCCACGGGCUGGCUCCCGGGAGCCUGCACUCCUUCCGACUCCAGGCUUGCACGGUCAAGGGCUGCGCUCUGGGCCCCCCGGUGGAAAAUCGAACGCUGGAAACCCCUCCUCGAGGAACGGUAAAUGUGUUUGUCAGAGCAGAGGGCGUCCGGGAAGCCCGCGUGAGGUGGAGCGCACCGCUGCACCCCAACGGACGGUUGACAUACUUCGUCCUUGUUACUGGGAUUUUCUAUGCAGACCCAGCAGAAAAUAAUUACACCCUUCAGAGCGGCACGAAAAUAAUGUACAGCAGUGGAGACGCCAACGUUUGGGUGCCCAUCGUUGGGUUGGUCCCUUUCAGUAACUACACCGUACAGGUGAACGCUUCCAACAGCCGAGGCAGCCUGAUCAGUGACCCUGUAAGCAUCGCCACGCCUCCAGGCCCUCCAGAUGGUGUGCUGCCUCCCAGGCUUUCAUCUGCCACCCCAACCAGUCUUCAGGUUGUCUGGUCUACACCAGCUCGGAACAACGCUCCCAGCUCCCCCAGAUACCAGCUCCAGAUGAGGCCGGCCCACUCCCAGCUCAGCUUUCUCGAGUUGUUUUCCAACCCUUCUGCAUCAAUGCACUACGAAGUGAGCGGCCUCCAGCCAUACACAGAAUAUGAGUUCCGGCUCGUUGCCUCCAAUGCAUUUGGCAGGGCGCACAGUCCUAGGAUCCCACUCUUGACUGCCGAGGACAAACCUGGACCCAUAGAGCCUCCCAUCCUUCUGGACGUGAGAUCAAGAAUGGUAUCAGUCACCUGGCAGCAGCCCUUGAAGGCCAAUGGGGUCAUCACCCAUUAUAACAUUUACCAAGAUGGCAACCUGUACUUGAGCACUUCCGGAAAUGCUACCAACUGUACAGUGACGCAUUUACAGCCAUAUGCCACCUACAGGUUUCAAGUAGAAGCCUGUACCUCCAGAGGAUGCUCCCUCUCCCCAGAGUCCCAACCAGUCCAGACACUCCCAGGGCCACCAGGAGGUAUCCCAAGUCCAGAGCUGUUCUCUGAUACCCCAACAUCGGUCCUUAUAUCUUGGCAACCUCCCACCCACCCCAACGGCUUGGUGGAGAACAUCACAAUUGAGAGAAGGGAGAAAGGGAGGGAAGAAGCCACCACCUUGGUGACACUCCCUGGAAGCCACCCCAGGAGGUUCAUUGACAAGACUCCUGCUCUUAGCCCAUGGACAAAAUAUGAAUACCGGGUCCUGAUGAGCACUCGCAAUGGAGGACCAAACAGCAGUGCUUGGGGAGAAGUCACCACGAGGCCCUCGCGACCCCUUGGGGUGCAGCCCCCAGAGGUGCAUGUGCUGGGAGCUGGCACAGCCCAGGUCACUUGGAAGCCUCCACUUGUGCAGAACGGUGACAUCCUGCGCUAUGAGAUCCGCAUGCCCGACCCCCACAUCACGGUAACCGACGUGAGCCCCUCAGGGUCCCGUCAAGUACUCACUCACCUGGAUGCCUUCGCCAAUUAUUCUGUCACCAUUGUGGCCUGCUCGGGGGGUAGUGGGUACCUAGGUGGGUGCACAGAGAGCUUGCCUACCUUGGUGACCACACACCCUGCUGCACCUCAGGGUGUCAGUCCCUUGUCCGCGAUUCCACUGAGUGAGUCCUAUGUCCGGGUUUCCUGGCAGCCACCAUCCAAGCCUAAUGGACCGAAUUUGCGAUAUGAGCUUGUGAGACGCAAAAUCCAGCAACCACUUGCAUCAAAUCCCCCAGAAGAUUUAAAUCUGUGGCACAAUAUUUAUUUAGGAACUCAGUGGUUUCAUGAAGAUAAGGGUCUUAGCAGGUUUACAACCUACGAGUACAAGCUCUUUGUACACAACAGCGUGGGCUUCACACCAAGCCCAGAAGCAGUGGUGACGACGUUAGCCGGUCUUCCAGAGAGAGGCGCCAACAUCACUGUGACCGUCCUCAACCACACAGCCAUCGAUGUGAGAUGGGCUACGCCAACUUUGCAAGACCUCCAGGGAAAUGUCAAAUAUUACACACUGUUCUGGAGUUCUGCUACUUCAGAUGAAUCUAUGAAAAUCCUCCCCGGUGCAAACUCCUAUGUCAUUGGCCACUUGAACCCAUGCACGGAGUAUGAGAUUUUUAUCUCUGUCUUCAAUGGAGCCCACAGCAUCAACAGCACAGUCUUGCAAGCAACCACUUGGGAAGGGGAGCCUCAGGGCAUGCCGCCGCCAGAGGUUGUCAUCAUCAACCGCACAGCUGCACGCGUCAUCUGGUCAUCUCCUUCAGACCCAAAUGGUGUUGUCACCGAGUACUCCAUUUAUGCAAACAAUAAGCUCUACAAGACUGGAAUGGCUGGGCCUGGGUCGCAUAUUCUGAGUGACCUGUCUCCUUUCACUGUCUAUGAUGUUCAGGUUGAAGUUUGCACAAAAUAUGCAUGUGUAAAGAGUAAUGGGACCCAAAUCACCACUGAGGAGGACAUCCCCAGUGACAUGGCAACACCUUUAAUUCAUGACAUCACAUCAAGAUCCCUCCGAAUUGAUUGGGUGUCUCCGGGGAAGCCAAAAGGCAUCCUUCUUGGAUAUGAGGUUUUACGGAAAACGUGGCAUCCAUGUUCUAAACUCCAGAAGUUAGUGGAGACCCGCAGCGGUGAGCUCUGCAAGGUGGUGAAGUGCCCCAAACCUCAGAAUAUCUGUGGACACACUUGCUUUUCUCCCAAAGCUAAGGUUUGUUGCAAUGGCGUUCUCUACAACCCCCAGCCUGGAUACAACUGUUGUGAAGAAAACUAUAUCCCGUUCCUUCCAAAUUCCACUGGAGUGUGUUGUGGUGGCAGAAUACAAGAGGCACGGCCCAAUCAUGAGUGCUGCCAUGGGUAUUAUGCUAAAAUCCUGCCAGGUGAAGUCUGCUGUCCAGAUGAGCAACACAACCGGGUUUCUGUGGGGCUCGGCGACGCCUGCUGCGGCAGGAUGCCCUACUCCUCCGCGGGACCCCAGCUCUGCUGCGCGGGGAUGCUGCAUGACGGCCACGGGCGCCGGUGCUGCGGGGGGCAGGUGGUGAGCAGCGACAUGCAGUGCUGCGGAGGAAGGGCGCAGGGCGUGGCCUACGUGCGCUUGCCAGGGAUGUUCUGUUGUGGGCAGGAUUAUGUGAAUGUGUCAGAUACCAUAUGCUGCUCAGCCUCCAGUGGAGAGUCUAAAGCACAUGUUAGAAGGAAUGUACCAGAGCCAGGAAAGUGCUGUGAGACUGAACUUAUCCCAAAGAGCCAGAAGUGCUGUAAUGGAGUUGGAUAUAACCCUUUGAAAUAUGUUUGCUCUGACAAGAUUUCAACUGGAACUAUGAAGAAGCCCCCGGAAACCAAAGCAUGUGGGACUCUCUGCCCAGCAUCUAUGGAGGCCACAGCUCACUGUGGCCACUGUGACUUCAAUUUCACCAGCGACGUUUGCGUUGUGACACGUGGGUCCCCCAAUUCCACAGAGAAGGCAUUAACUGGAGACACAUGUGCAUCUCCCGAAGAGACCGUUCAUACUGGAAGUGUGGACACGCUCUCCUUCACAGAUGUGAACCUCCAGCCCCACACGAUGUAUGAAUAUAGGAUUUCUGCAUGGAACAGCCAUGGGCAUGCUUUCAGCCAAGCCGUUAGAGCCAGCACCAAGGAAGAUGUGCCUGAGGGUGUGGCUCCCCCUCGGUGGACCAAAGUGGGCGAUCUUGAAGAUACGAUCGUGUUACACUGGAAAAAACCUAUACAAUCAAAUGGUCCUAUCAUUUACUAUAUUCUUCUCCGAAAUGGAAUUGAACAUUUUCGGGGGACUUCCUUGAGCUUCUCAGACACAGAGGGAAUCCUCCCCUUCCAGGAGUAUUCCUACCGGCUGGAAGCUUGCACCGUGGCAGGCUGUGCUACCAGCCGUGAGGUAGUUGUAGCUGCGACCCAAGGAGUUCCAGAAAGCAUCGCGCCGCCCAGCGUCGCGGCCCUGAGUUCAGAGUCUCUGCAUAUAAGCUGGAGUGUCCCCGGGAAACCAAAUGGCAUCAUUAAAGAGUACCAGCUCUGGCAGGGUGGCAGAGGUCUCAUCUACACCGACAUCACUCACAGGAGGCAGCAUACGGUCACAGGAGUUUGGUUGACAUCUCGACAUACUAUUGUCAACUCUACAACAGUAGAAUUGUACUGGAGUCCACCAGAGAAACCCAAUGGUCUUAUUUCUCAGUAUCAGUUGAGUCGGAAUGGAACUGUACUCUUCGUGGGUGGCAGUGAGGAGCAGAAUUUCACCGAUAAACACCUGGAGCCCAACAGCAGAUAUAUUUAUAAGUUAGAAGCCAGAACUGGAGGUGGCAGCAGUAUUAGUGGUGGUUACAUUAUCCAAACACCUUUGUGGACACCAGAAGAAAUCCAGCCUCCGUAUAAUGUCACAGUACUCGGGCCUUAUUCCAUAUUUGUAGCUUGGAUGCCACCAGGGAUCCUCAUCCCCCAAAUUCCCGUGGAGUACAACGUCCUGCUCAAUGAUGGGAGUGUCACACCUCUGACCUUCUCUGUCGGUCACCAACAAUCCACCCUCCUGGAAAAUCUGGCUCCUUUCACCCAGUAUGAGAUAAGGAUGCAAGCAUGUCAAAAUGGAGGUUGUGGGGUGAGCAGCAGGGUGUCUGCCUGGACGUCGGAGGCAGCCCCCCAGGAUCUUCGCGCCCCUCUUCUCAGGACUCUGGGGUCAUCUUGCAUCGAGGUCCAGUGGAUGCCACCUACAAAACCCAAUGGAAUCAUCACCAACUACUUCAUUUACAGACGUCUGGCUGGUGCUGAAGCUGUGUCCCUCGCAUUUGUCUGGUGGGAAGGAGCCCUCAAAUUCUCAGAUGAUGCUGGCACACUGAGGCCUUUCACGCACUAUGAGUAUCGGGCCCGAGCCCAGAACGCCAGGGGCUUCGUGGACAGUGCUUGGUCCUCUGCGCAGACGCUGGAAGCCCCUCCACAGGCCCUGCCAGCUCCCCAGGUUAGAGCCACUGGGGCCCAUUCUGUUCUGCUGACCUGGACGGAGCCAGAGUCGCCCAAUGGCCUCAUCUCCCAGUACCGCGUGGUCUAUCAAGAGGGGCCCAAGGAUGGAGAACCAGACAGCCCACCUGUGCACGCAUUCACAGCAAUGGGAACAAGCCGCCAAGCUCCCCUGUUUGGGCUGGAGCCAUUCACAACAUACCAGGUGGGCGUGGUGGCUGAGAACCAUGCAGGAGAAGUUGCAAGUCCCUGGACUCCGGUUCAAACCUUAGAAUCUUCCCCGAGUGGACUAAGCAACUUCAUGGUGGACCAGAAAGAGAACGGCCGGGCAUUCCUGCUCCAGUGGGCAGAGCCUGUGAGGGCCAACGGAGUGAUUGAGGCCUACGGUGUCUUCAGCGAGGGGCUCCCGGCCUUCCGCGGCCUGCAGCGCCGCCUGCUCCUGCGCGGCCUGCGUCCGGGCGGCGUCUACACCGUGAGCUUGGAGGCCUGCACUGCGGCGGGCUGCGCACACUCGGCACCCCAGCGGCUGCGUGCAGGCCGGGGCGCCCCGGAGAACCAGCCGGCGCCCGUGGCGCAUGUUCUGGGGCCCACGAGCGUGGAGCUGAGCUGGGCAGGGCCCGCGCGCCCCCGAGGAAGGAUCGCGCGCUACGAGGUGGUCCGCAGAUGCGCGCAGGCCGAGGAGAGCACAAUCUUCGUAGACCGCGGCCUGGAAAGGAGCGCCAUGGCCUACACCGACAUGGGGCUGCGGCCCUGGACACCCUGCGAGUACAAAAUCUGUGCCCGCAACUCCGAGGGCCGCACCUGCAGCGCGUGGACCGCGGUGCGGACCCCGCAGGCGGCCCCAGAAGGCCUCUCCCCGCCCAAGCUGGCCUGGGCCUCCGGGGACCCCGGCACCCUGAGCAUUUCCUGGGCACCCCCGGAGCAGCCCCAUGGGGUAGUCCAGUCCUACGGGCUGCAGAGGAACGGGGUGCGCUACCCCUUCAACUUUGACGCUGGGACCUUCAGCUACACGGACCGCGACCUGGUGCCCUUUGCUACCUACAGCUACGCCGUCCUGGCCUGCACUCUCGGGGGCUGUUCCAGCAGCACCGUCGUCCAGGUCACCACUCCUGAGGCAGCCCCGUCAGGGCUCAGCCCCCCCACCGUCUGGGCGGUCAGUGCCAGUCAGAUCAAUGCGUCAUGGUCCCCACCAUCCACUCCAAAUGGGGAGAUCACUCAGUAUCUGCUGAGAUAUGACGGCAAGGAGCAGCCCGCUGGGCAGGGCCUGUCCCUGCUGGUGUCCCACCUGCAGCCUUACACUCAAUACAACUUCUCCCUGGUCGCUUGCACCCGAGGGGGAUGCACAGUCAGCGGGUCCAGUUCUGUCCAGACGAGGGAGGCGCCACCAGAGAACAUGGGACCUCCAGUGUUGCAGGUGAUGGGCUCAGAAUCCAUAGAAGUCACCUGGGAGCCCCCAAGAAACCCCAACGGCCAGAUCCAAAGCUAUGAGCUUAGGAGGGAUGGAGCCCUGAUCUAUACUGGCCUGGAAACUCGUUUUCACGAUUUCAUGCUCUCCCCCGGUGUGCAGUAUGGCUACAAGGUGACUGCCACCAACAGCCAAGGGGACACUUCGAGUCCUCUUGUCAAAGACCGAACCAGCCCCUCAGCACCCUCGGGGAUGCGGCCUGCAAAACUGCAUGCCAAGGGUCCUUGGGAGAUGCUGGUGAGCUGGGACCCUCCCGUGAGGACCAACGGUGACAUCGUCAACUACACCCUCUUCAUCCGUGACCUGCUCCGAGGAGAAACGAGAAUCACGCACGUGAACACGACCCACAGUUCUUUUGAUGCUCGGUUGCUGGUGGUGGAGCAGCUGAAGCCAUUUCACAGGUACGAAGUGCGAAUUCAAGCCUGCACGGCCCUGGGAUGUGCGUCCAGUGACUGGUCCACCAUCCAAACUCCAGAGAUAGCUCCUCUGAUGCAGCCUCCUCCUCACCUGGAGGUGGGGAUGGCUCCAGGGGGCUUCCUGCCCACUGUUUCCCUUCUGUGGACAGGGCCGCUCCAGCCAAAUGGGAAGAUUUUAUACUAUGAAUUGUACAAGAGACCAGCAGCAUCUCAGUCUGGAAAUUGCCAUCCAGUGCUGACCUACAACGGGAGCUCAAACUCCUUCUUGGAUUCUGAGCUGCUGCCUUUCACCAAGUAUGAGUACCAGGUCUGGGCGGUGAACUCAGCAGGAAGAGCCCCCAGCAGCUGGGUGCAGUGUAGAACCUGGCCUGCACCCCCAGAAGGCCUCAGCGCCCCCACCGUCCACACCGUGUCCUCCACCCAAGCGGUGCUCAACAUCAGCGUCCCGGCGAAGCCCAACGGGAACAUCAGUCUGUACCGGCUGUUCUCCAAUAGCAGCGGCACGCUGGCUGUGCUGUCAGAAGGCACAGCCACGCAGCAGACUCUCCACGACCUGCGCCCCUUCACCGCCUACUCCGUCGGCGUGGAGGCCUGCACCUGCUUCAGCUGCUGCAGCCGCGGGCCUGUGGCCGAGCUGAGGACACGACCUGCUCCACCCUCCAGCCUGGCCGCCCCCCGGGUCCAGGAGCUGGGCUCCAGGACAGCCUCCUUCCAGUGGGAGCCCCCGCUGUUUCCCAAUGGUGUCCUGCAAAGCUUCGAGCUCCAGCUCUCCGCGGCUUGUCCUCCACACACAGCCCAGGCCUGCGUCCCGGGCCAAGCGGAGACCAAGUACAGGGGACCGGGACUCAGCGCCAGCCUCGCGGGUCUCCGCCCUCACACGGCCUACCAGCUGCGGGUGGUGGCGCGCAACGAGGCCGGCAGCGGGGCUUCCGAGUGGGUCCGCUUCACCACGCCCAAGGAACCGCCUCAGUACCAGGUGCCGUUUUCUGUGGAGAGCAACGUGUCCGUGGUGAGCCUGGACUGGAGUGGCACCUUCCUCCUGAACGGCCAGCUCAAGGAAUACGUGGUGACCGACGGGGGACAGCGCGUGUACAGUGGUCUGGACACCACCCUCCACAUACCGAGGACAGCACACAAAACCUUCUUUUUCCAGGUAACCUGCACCACGGACGUAGGAAGUGUUAAGACACCGUUGAUCCAAUAUGACACUUCUACUGGAUUUGGUCUGGUGCUGACAACUCCUGGCGGAAAGAGGGGGUUGGGGAAUAAAAGCGGAGAGUUCUACAGUGAGCUGUGGUUCAUCGUGUUAAUGGCCAUGCUGGGCCUGUUCUUAUUGGCCAUUUUCCUGUCCCUGAUACUACAAAGAAAAAUCCACAAGGAGCCAUACAUUCGGGAGAGACCACCUCUGGUGCCCCUUCAGAAGAGGAUGUCACCUUUGAAUGCCUACCCUUCCGGGGAAACCCCAGUGGGAUUAGCUGAUACCAAAAUCCCUCGGUCAGGGACACUCGUGAGUACCCGGAGCAACCGCAGCAGCAUGUCUGUCCUGAGGAUCCCGAGUCAAAGCCAGAUCAGCCGGACCUACUCCCAGGGAUCCCUGCACCGCAGUGUCAGCCAGCUCAUGGAUGCUCAUGACAAGAAAGUUCUACUUGACGACUCACUGUGGGAAACCAUCGUGGGCCAUGGUGGCGGACUGUAUGUGGAUGAAGAGGACCUGAUGAAUGUGAUCAAAGGUUUCAGCUCAGUGACCAAGGAGCACACCACAUUCACCGACACCCACCUGUAA